AUGGCACAACAGAAGGCCGCCCUUAGUUUCGAUCUCAUAGCAAAAUGCUCGGUAUCCAGAGCCCGGGCGUCCACCAUGACCCUGCCGCAUGGACCUGUUGAGCUGCCAAUGUUUAUGCCCGUAGCAACACAGGCUAGUCUAAAGGGCCUCACUCCCGAACAGCUAGAAUCUCUCGGGUGUCGUCUAUGUCUAAAUAAUACCUACCACUUGGGCCUCAAGCCAGGACAGGCUACUCUCGAUGCCGUCGGUGGGGCUCAUCGCCUACAAUCCUGGAAUCACAAUAUUUUGACAGAUAGCGGUGGAUUCCAAAUGGUAUCGCUGUUGAAACUGGCCAAAAUAACCGAGGAAGGAGUAAGAUUCUUAAGCCCACACGAUGGCAGUCCCAUGCUUCUCACUCCGGAGCACUCGAUGUCGCUACAGAACAGCAUCGGGUCGGAUAUCAUGAUGCAGUUGGAUGAUGUAAUUGCAACAACGUCCCCCGACAAGGAGCGAAUAGUAGAAGCAAUGCACAGAUCUGUGAGGUGGCUAGACAGAUGUAUCGAGGCACACAAGUAUCCAGAAAAACAGAACCUCUUUUGUAUCAUACAAGGUGGUCUUGACCUUGAGCUGCGAAGAGAAUGCGUAAAGGAGAUGGUCAAAAGGGACACUCCUGGUAUUGCUAUCGGUGGUCUAAGUGGCGGAGAAGAAAAGGCCAAGUACUGCGCUGUCGUGAGAACAUGUACAGAAAUGCUGCCUGAUAUGAAACCCAGAUAUGUAAUGGGAGUGGGUUACCCGGAAGACUUGGUCGUUUCGGUUGCUUUGGGCGCCGAUAUGUUUGAUUGCGUAUGGCCGACCAGAACCGCUCGCUUUGGAAAUGCAGUUACCUCGAGGGGUACCUUGAAUUUGAGGCACGCUUCAUAUGCGGCAGACUUUUCACCUGUCGACGAAGAUUGUGAUUGCCCGUGCUGCCGUUCAAAAGAAAAUGGAGGACUAGGUGUGACCAAGGCAUAUAUACACCACCUGACAGGCAAGGAAACAGCGGGAGCCCAUAUCCUCACAAUGCAUAAUGUCUACUAUCUACUAGACUUGAUGCGAAAUGCGCGUCAGGCCAUCAUUGCAGAUGCUUAUCCAAGUUUCGUCAAGGAGUUUUUUGGCAAGAUUUACAAAUAUGAUACAGCGGAGUAUCCGAUCUGGGCAGUAGAUGCAUUAAAGACGGUGGGGAUUGAUCUCACAGAGGCAUGA